AAAUAGCUCAACCGGUAUGCAACAAAUGAAAACGAGGGGAUAGAAGAAGGGAUAAGGGGAGGAGGAGAGCGCGCAAGGAAGUCUUCCCUUUCUGGUCACUACGACCCUCUCCUCCAAUUUGAUUGUCGAUCUUUCCGAUCUCUCUUGCUGCUAAGAGGCGAAAUGUAUUCGAGCUCGAUUCCUAUCAGAAGUGAUUUCUUGAUCGCUCCGGGCUCUCUCGACUCUUAUAUCCGGCUCGGUUUGCUCCCAAAUGUGAAGACCCGAAGCAUUCGGCUUCUUUCCAGACGGCAGAGAUCUCCUAGGGCAAGCCUCUGUUCUGAUCCACUUUUAGUUCAGGCUGCUAGAGGAAAUGCCAUAAGUCGGCCUCCAGCAUGGAUGAUGCGCCAAGCAGGAAGGUACAUGGAUGCUUACAAAAAGCUUGCCAAGAAACAUCCAUCCUUCAGAGAGAGAUCUGAGACGGUUGACCUCAUUGUAGAAAUUUCUUUGCAGCCUUGGAAAGCUUUUCAGCCAGAUGGGGUUAUUAUUUUUUCUGACAUACUUACACCUUUACCUGCAUUUGGUGUUCCUUUUGAUAUAGAAGAAGUAAAAGGCCCUAUUAUUCAUUCACCAAUUUGUGAUGAGGAAGCGCUUAAAUGCUUGCAUCCUAUUGACCUAGAGAAGCUUCAAUUUGUGGGGGAGUCUCUAUCGAUCUUGCGUGAGGAGGUUGGGGAGAAAGCAGCAGUGCUUGGUUUUGUUGGGGCACCAUGGACCAUCGCUACUUAUGUUGUGGAGGGGGGUAGUACUCGCACAUAUACGACUAUAAAACGCAUGUGCCACACUGCACCUCGUGUUCUCAAGGUUCUUCUUUCUCAUUUGACACAAGCAAUAUCCGACUAUGUCAUUUUCCAAGUGAAAUCAGGCGCUCAGUGCAUACAGAUUUUUGACUCUUGGGGUGGACAACUUCCACCUAAUAUUUGGGAACAGUGGUCAAAACCAUAUAUUGAACAGAUAGUGAGUUUAGUCCGGAAAGAAUGCCCUCAGAUACCACUUGUAUUGUAUAUAAAUGGUAAUGGUGGUCUACUGGAGCGCAUGACUGGAAUUGGAGUUGAUGUGAUUGGGCUCGACUGGACAGUGGAUAUGGCAGAUGGAAGGAGGCGUCUUGGCUAUAAUGUUAAUGUGCAGGGAAAUGUUGACCCUGCUUAUCUUUUUUCCCCACUCCCAGUUUUAACUGAUGAAAUCCAUAGGGUUGUGAGGUGUGCUGGGGGAAGGGGGCAUAUACUUAAUCUGGGUCAUGGGGUUCUCAUGAAUACCCCAGAAGAGGCUGUUGCUCAUUUCUUUGAUGUCGUGAGAGGCUUGAGCUAUGACACUCUUUUCGAAGAUGGUGUAACCGCUCAAGAAUUAGAGCCUCUUAAGCUGUAAAUUGAGAGGCUAAUUUGUGAAUGCAUUAUCUCCAUUGACUUAUGGUAUCACAACCAGGCAAUAUGUAGUAAAGCUUCUUAGUCUUCUUUCACUUGAAGACCAAGUUCAAGUUGUUUAUUUGUUCUUUUUGCCGGUUAGUAAUACCUCGUAUUCCUAUGAUUGCCUUGUAUGCAUAUUUAAUAUUUAGUAGGCCUGUUAUUCCAAUGGAAACAAAGGUCAAUGUCACCCCAACAUGAGAGUUCAUAAGAUCGUAGAGACUGUAACAUAGUGUAUUAGUUUUUGUUUUCAUUUGUUUGUAUUGGUAAAUAUUUAGAGUUGGUGAAAACAACUAUUUGUUGCAAAUGGAUUAGCUUUCUUUCA